AUGCCAGCACUCUCCGCAAGUAACCCUGCCGAGGUGAUGGUGAUCCGCCAGCCCGUACCUCGCGUGAUAACCACACUCUCCGUGCCCUUCUGGCGCUUUGGACGCGUCAAGGUUGGAGGCAGAGGCACGAUUGUCCGCCUCCGUUCCGGCGCGCUCGCAGUUUUCUCCCCCGUGGCCCUCACAGAUGAAGUCAAGCGCACAGUCUCGGAGAUGGGAACCGUGAAGUACAUCACAGCUCUCGACAUCGAACACCACAUAUUCCUCGGCCCAUGGCAUAAGGAGUACCCGGAUGCCAAAAUAAUUGGGCCGGAAGGCCUCCCCGAAAAGCGCGCCAAAUCCGACGUUGAGAAAGUUCCCUUCGCGGUCGUCUUCCCCUCCGCCAACAAAGAAUCCGUAACCGUCGAUUCCGAUUUCGACAGCGAGUUCUCCUACGAAUUCGUCUCCGCGCACGCCAAUAAAGAACUCGUCUUCUGCCACCGGCCGACCCGAACCCUCAUCGAAGCAGACCUCCUCUUCAACCUGCCCGCAACAGAGCAGUUCAGCCGGGUGCCGGGCGCGGACGCCACGAGCGGGAUUUUGACGCGGUUGAUGGCAGCCGUGAAUCAUACGAGGGGCGAGGCGAUGGGGCAGAGGCGGUUUAUUUGGUGGGCGAUCAGUUCGGGGGAUCGGACGGGGUUCAAUAAGAGCAUCGCAAAGAUUAAUGGUUGGGAUUUUGACAGGAUCGUGCCGUGUCAUGGGGAUGUUAUUGAGAGUGGGGGGAAGGGCAUUUUUCAGAAGGUUAUGAGGUGGCAUUUGGAGGCGUAUGAUAAGGCCAAGUAG